AGAGUCUACUGUAGUUCACGGUCUAGGAACCUCUGACUGAAGACAAUAUUGUUUUAUUUCCCUGAUGUUCUUUAAUAAAUAAUAAAUUAUCCCUCGUAAAAUCCUUUGCAGAUUUUAGUGGUUCCCAAAAAAAUUGCUCGUUAGAGUUUUCAAGGUUGAACUUCUGUUGGCAUCUUUUAUUUAAAGAGAUGAAUAACAGAGUCAAAAGCGAAAAAUAAAAGAAAAAAGAAAAAAAAAACUCUAAAGAAACUAUACACACUAGUGGCAAAUUAAUAUAACUGAUCUAACUUUAGAAGAUGGGAAGUGAGAAGAUUGUCUGCAAAAAAUGUCACCAGUGCAAUGUUUUAGGACUUGGGUUAAUUUCUUAAUGGGCUUAUGACCUUUCUGUAUUGCUGAAUAUUUCAGCCUAUAUCUAUGUAGCAGGGUGUAAAAAAUUGUCAAAAAAUAUUAAGAAUUGAACCAUAGCUCUGGAGAUGAGUAUAAACCAAUAUAACUAAGCAGAAAAAAAAUAGAUUUUCAUAUUUAUAGUACGAAUGUUGUUGCUCAUCGGCUCUUCUUGCCUAGCUUUAAAUGAUUCUCAGAGUAGAGUUACCAAAACAAUCCUCACAGUGCCAGCAGAGCGCUCCCAAAUCUAACUAUUCUGCAGGAUACUGUGCAGUGUUCUGCUAAAGCAAUAUUAAUGGGGAAAUUAUUGGAAAUCAUUCAGAUCAAUUCACACCAAUUAAAAGAGAAACACAAGAUGAGAUCUGUGUUGAAGUUACAAAGGUAAUCUACUAUCUGUUUCUUUCAACACCUGGUAAUGAAAGGUGUACAGUCUGUCCGUUUAAUUUCUAGGUGAGUUGUGUUGACUCUUCUUUUUCAACAUGCUUUUCAUUUCUUGACACAUCUGUUAUGCUAAUUGCUGUUUUUUGUUCUUUUUUUAGAUGUAGUAAAAUCACCACGGAUGAUUCUUUAAGUGCUGAAUAAAGAAAAUAAGAGUGUGAAGAUCAAACAGGGCCAAAAUGUCUGAGGGAAAGAAAAUGACAUCAAGCCGCAGGCAUCAAUUAAAGAGCUUAAUGCUGCAGAUUGCUACCAAAAUGCUUGAGGAGGAGAAGAAGGAAAUUGCAGCAGCAAAAGAGGCCUAUAUGGCUGAGAACUGCCCCCCGCCUGACCUCAGUGGAGACGUGAAUGCACUCAUGGAAGUGUGCAAGAAGCUCCAUCAGGCCAUUGACAAAAUUGAUGAGGCAAGAUACGACACAGAAGCAAAAGUUCUGAAAGUGGACAAAGAGAUCCAGGAUUUGAAGCUGAAGGUUGUUGAUCUGGCCGGAGUGAAGAAGCCUGCUCUGAAGAAAGUGCGUAUGUCAGCUGAUGCCAUGCUUAAGGCUCUACUGGGCUCCAAACACACAGUCAACAUGGACCUCAGGGCCAACCUGAAGCAGGUCAAGAAGGAGACCAAAGAGGAGACAACAGAGGCGGUCGGUGAUUGGCGUAAAAACAUUGAAGACAAGGCCGACAGGAAGAAGAUGUUCGAAUCUUCUUAAAAUUCUUCAGGAUCUGUGAGGAUGAUGCCAGGGGAGGCAGGUCUGACUGACUGAGCUCAUCUCUUUGGCCCUCGGAUGCAUUCAGGGCCAAGAGUUAGGACACUGACUUACUUUGUGUUACUGUUUCUGAGCAUUCUGUACAGCAGUCAGAAGGAUGUUACAUCAUCAGGAAGCAUUGUUUAUGUGGUUAAACCUGUUUUCUUAAAAACAUCACAGAAUGUACUGGUUUUCUCAAAAGCGGUAGAAAUAAAUAUGUCGAAAAAUAAGGAAAUUUGUUGCUGCUUUUAUUUAAUAGUAAGGUUAUUUAAAACCAUUUUGAUACUUGGGUGAGUCUGAAAAGAGUAAAUUGUUAUUUUCUUGUUAAGGGAGAUUAAUUCUAAUAAUAUAGAAAAAAAUGACAUAAUAUACAUAUAUUUUGUCUGUUUUUUUAAAUAAUGAUUUCACAUAACUGUAAACAUUACGUUAUUUUUACUAAU